AACAAUUUUCAUAGCAGUUUCAAAUCCCUAUUAAGAAUCAAAUUCCUAGAAAUUUGUUCUUCUUUUGUUAUUGUUUAUCUUUCUCAUUCUCUUUGUCUUCAGUAUGGCUAAUAGUAAUAUUGUUGUGGUUUUCGACUUUGAUAAAACCAUAAUCAAUUGUGACAGUGAUAAUUGGGUUGUUGAUGAGUUAGGUUUCAAUGAUUUGUUCAAUCAACUCUUUCCUACCAUGCCAUUCAACAAUCUCAUGGAUAGGAUGAUGAUGGAGCUUCAUUCUAAUGGAAAAACAAUUGAAGACAUUGUUCAAGUUUUGAAGAGAAUUCCUAUACACCCUAGAAUGAUCCCUACCAUUAAAGCAGCCCAUGCUUUAGGGUGUGAUCUUAGGAUUGUUAGUGAUGCAAACACAUUUUUCAUAGAGACAAUUCUAAAGAACUUUGGAAUUAGAGAAUGUUUCUCUGAGAUUAACACUAAUCCAGGUUAUGUUGAUGAAGAAGGAAGAUUAAGAGUUUUGCCAUAUCAUGAUAUCAACAAACCUCCUCAUAGAUGUAAUCUCUGCCCUACAAACAUGUGCAAGGGUCUAAUAAUAAAUAGAAUCCAAGAUUCUUUUUCAUGCGAAGAGAAUAAAAGAUUUAUCUAUCUUGGUGAUGGUAGUGGAGAUUAUUGUCCAAGCUUGAAUCUAAAAGAAAAAGAUUUUGUGAUGCCAAGGAAGAAUUUUCCUAUAUGGGAUUUGAUUUGCAAAGAUCCUUCUCUUGUGAGAGCUCAAAUUUAUGAAUGGAGUGAUUGGGAAGAACAAGAAAGGAUUUUGCAUCAAUUAAUCAACAAAAUUUCAAUGGAAGAAAGUGGUCAAUUCAAGAUGAUGACUCCAUCCUUCUCUGGUCAUGAAGCUUUGCCUAAAGCUCUACCUGUUAUGCUAUAAUAAACUAGUUUAAUUUGAUGUAUUUAUAAAAAUAUUUAUUAAUAUUUUAUUUCCGGUGGUUUGGAAUUUGUUUAUGAUAAAUUGUAUUUUUUAAUUAAAUACAAAGUUUUAUAGAUUUACGAA